CUAGCAGAGGGGUCUAAGGUCGAGGCGUUAGAUCUCGGGGCGCUCUCGCUUGGCUGAGGGGGCGAUGCUGUGGAUGCUGGCCAGGGCGGUGGCUUUUCGGAGACCCUGGCAAGCACGGGCCCGCGGGAGGGGGCUGUGGACCGGCCGCCCGCAGUCAGGUACUGACAAUAUGAAGCCCCUGGAAGGUGUGAGAAUUCUGGAUCUAACAAGAGUACUGGCAGGACCAUUUGCAACAAUGAAUUUAGGAGAUCUUGGAGCAGAGGUUAUAAAAGUGGAAAGACCGGGAGCUGGUGAUGACACACGAACUUGGGGACCUCCUUUUGUGAACACAGAAAGUACAUAUUUUCUUAGUGUUAAUCGAAAUAAAAAAAGUAUAGCUGUUAAUAUCAAGGAUCCGAGAGGGGCAAGAAUUGUCAAAGAGCUUACAGCCACUUGUGAUAUUUUUGUGGAAAACUAUGUGCCUGGCAAGCUUUCUGAGAUGGGCCUAGGAUAUGAGGAUAUAGACAAGAUUGCUCCUCACAUCAUCUACUGUUCCAUCACAGGAUAUGGCCAGACAGGGCCCAUGUCUCAGAGAGCAGGUUAUGAUGCUAUCGCCUCUGCUAUGUCUGGUCUAAUGCACAUCACAGGGCCCGAGGAUGGAGAUCCUGUUCGCCCAGGUGUGGCCAUGACUGAUCUUGCCACUGGCCUGUUUGCCUAUGGAGCCAUUAUGGCUGGCCUCAUACAACGUUACAGAACUGGAAAAGGACUGUUCAUUGAUUGUAACCUACUGUCAUCUCAGGUGGCAUGUUUGACCCACGUAGCUGCUAAUUAUCUUAUUGGCCAAAAGGAAGCAAAGCGCUGGGGCACAGCUCAUGGCAGUAUUGUUCCUUAUCAGGCUUUUAAAACCAAGGACGGCUAUCUUGUAGUUGGAGCAGGAAAUAACCAACAGUUUGCUGUUGUAUGCAAGAUCUUGAAUUUGCCUGAAUUAAUUGAUGAUUCCAAGUAUAGAACGAACCAUCUUCGGGUACAAAAUAGAAAAGAACUUGUGAAAAUCCUGUCUUCACGGUUUGCAGAAGAAGUGACAGCCAAGUGGCUUUGUCUCUUUGAAGGAAGUGGGAUCCCAUAUGGCCCAAUCAACAGUAUGAAGGAUGCAUUUUCAGAUGCCCAGGUCUUGCACAAUGGCCUCGUUAUGGAAAUGAAUCAUCCCACUGUGGGGAAGAUUUCAGUCCCAGGUCCAGCUGUGAGAUACAGCAAGUUCAAGAUGUCAGAGGCAAAGCCACCUCCCCUGCUGGGACAGCACACAAGGCACAUCCUGAAGGAGGUCCUCAGAUAUGACGAUGGAGCUAUUGAGGAGCUACUCAGCACUGGUGUGAUAGAGCAACAUGCAACCAAGUGACAGAUACCAGUGCACCCGGCAGCCCAGCUGCCUGUGUAUGCCUUUCCCCAGUUUCGGUCCCCUAAAACCAGAGUGAGAACAACUGCAGAUUUCCCGCCCUACAUCUCUGGGGUAACUUUAGAAUUAAAGUCUAGUACCCGUUUAAAAACUUAUCAUUUUGACUUUUUUUCUCCUCCAGAAAACAAUUCAAUUGUUUAUGUGUGGACUUUGAUUAAUACUAAUGUUUUCAUCCAAAAAAAGUGAUGACUGUUUGCUGAUGGAAUGUUGUUCUGAUUUGAUUUCUCCACAAUGGACACAUGUAUGGAAGCAUCAAAUUAUAAAUUGUAGUUUUGAUUUGUCAGUUGAAAAUAAAGCAAAACAUACAAAAUA